UGCAGCAGUUCCAGCACCCGGGCAUUUACGUCUGUCGUCUGAGCAGCAACCGACAUCGGAAGAUGAUUCAGUGUCACAGCCUGAGCUGGGCUCGGAAGGCUGCUCCCCACCCCACCUUCAGGAGACAUCAGCAAGAAUACAAUCUUGAUGCCUACACUUCCCCAAGAACUGGGAUAAUGUCAAUGAGGAGAGGCCGAUCUCACCAAGACUCUGAUGCCCCAAGGGUUGAGGGGGGUCCUGGUGGGAGCUGGGAGGCUGAGGAGCAGGUAGACCUGGAGUGGUUUGACACAGAGGCCUUCUUUGGAACCCUCCUCAGGCAGUCUCUGUCAGUGACAGCCAAACUCAGCCAGACCAACGAAGAGCUCAAACUCCUCUACCUUAAACUUCUGCGCGAAGCCCGUUCUCUGCAGCAGCUGUGGGGAGCAAGGCGCAGCCUCCCAGCCUCCACUAACCGGCUUCUGGGGAGCGUGCGGAGGGAGCAGCAGCAGGGCAGUUCCCCAGCUGGACACUGUGCUGGGCCACCUGUCCCAGGUCGUGCUGCAGGAGGGCCACCGCCUGAAGGCCUGGGGCAUUCUGGGCACCGGCACUGGGGCGGAGCUACCGCGGCCAGCCCCAGCAGGCCCUCCUGGUGCUGAUGACAUCAGUGUGAAUCCCGUCACCAAGUUGAUGGUCCCUGGCCCCAACUGCUUGAUGCUUCCAGC